AUGAGAUGCCUUGUCCACAAAUCCUCCAAAUGCGCGUUCCUCAUCUACUUCAGGGUAGCCUUGAAGCACUUCAUAAAGAUGGAAGCUGAUCAACCUUCAAGGCAAGAGAUUCAAGUUGUCUUCAAGAAGUUGAGGGGUCUUUCGUCAAACAAGUCGAACUUCUUCAAUCAGCAUGGCUGCAGUACCACUGAUGCCCAACAGAAAUAUAACUCGCGAGCUGCCCAGUUGUAUCGGGAGAAGCUACAUCAUGCUGCAAUCCAAGCUAUGCGCUUGCAUGGAACCAAGUUGCAUUUGGAUGAUGGAGAGUCCAGUCAGUCUCAUUCUCCUAGUCCCAGCAGCAAGGAAAAGGACUUCUUUGAAGAGCAUUCUGAAUUUCAACCUAAACAUAAGUCGGCCUUUGAUAGACAUGAGAAAGGCAAGGACCAUCAGGAAUCCCACAAAGGAAUUAAGCUCCACAAGGAUUUCACUAAGGCCACAGAGCAUGCCCUUGAAAAGUCAAUAGAUAAUCACCUUGUCAUGUUGAGAACAACCUACUGGCUGGCAAAGGGAAAUGUUGCCACCAGCAAGUUUUCCUCUUUGAUUGCACUCCAGGAGUCAGAACUAGAGAUGAAGGGAGUGAAACCUGCAAAUGGAGCCAUGCAGAUGAUGGGAGAAGGUGGAGAUGGCCCUCACUUGACUAGUGGUUCACCCUCCUCCGCCAUGGGAGGAUCUUCUCGAAAAAACAUCCUUGGAGGGAAGAAGAAACCUGGAGGACAGGGACUGGGUGGGAAGCGGGGGCUGGGAGCACAGCGAGUGGCUACUGACUUUGAUGAAGUGCAGAAGCGAGCUGAGAUGCUUGAGGAGAAAGGUGAAGAAGAUAAAAAGCGAGUGCAGGAAGCUGUCAAGGAGGCUGAGGAUGAUCAGAUUCAUAAGUUGGCAUCCAUGCGACUGGCAUAUGAGACCCUGAGCAUGGAACAAGACAAGCAGAAAGCCAAGAUGGACCCAAAGAAAGCAGAACAGGCUGAACGGCUUGGCAUGGGUCUUGGAUUCCGCAGUGGUGGAGUGAGCCAUUCAGCAAUGACAGACAUGAAGACGAUUGAUCAGGAUGUGCCAACACAGGCAGUGACUGAAGGGAAAUCACGAAUUCUUGAGGACACACUUUGGAGCCCCCGCACUCAGACCGAGGAGGAAGAUGACUUUGUGAUUUUAUCCAGCACUGGUGCCACUUCUGCCCUUCCAUAUGCAUCAAAAACAAGUGAAAAACCUAAGUCCAGCUGGGAAAAGGAUCUUGAGGAGCGGGCAGAACGGGAAAGAAAUGCUGGCUCAUCUAGGCGAAGUGAACCAAUCACACCUGCUGGGGAAGGUGAUGCUGUGAAAAAAUUUGCCAAUGCCAAAUCCAUCUCAUCGGACCAAUUCUUUGGGAACUCCCGUGACCCAUCAGAGACGUCAGCCACUUCUCGUUUCUCAGGACAGUCUGCCAUCAGCUCAGAUGAUUACUUUGGCCGAGAGACCAAGGCUAAAGGUGGUUCAUCAUCUCCUGGGUUCAACAUAAAUGCACCAGAUUUGGAUGAUGUGAAGGAGAGUGUGCGUGCUGGGGUCACACGUGUUGCUGGCAGGCUUAGCACUAUGGCCAAUACUGUCAUGUCCCAGUUGCAGGUGAGCUGA